GAUUAAGCUUUUUUUUUUUUUUUUUUUUUUUUUUAAACUAUUAAAAAAUCACUUUCCAAAAUCAUAUGACCGACUUAAACCAUCACUAGUGUUUUAGUGGUGGUCACGGUUAUUUAAGUUACAUCUAUAAUGGGUAUGAGUGAGUUUUUCCUUUAAAUAUUAAGUUCGAGGCUGAGUGAUAGAGGUUUCUUAUUAAGUGGUUUAAAUUUUGAGAUCCAUUAUGCGAGGGGGCUCUCUAGCACGGAUCUGGUUAAGACAACGUAUGCUAGAUCUCCCGACAUUCGCGAAUAAUUUAUUAAAAAAAAUAUACGACGGCCUUAAUUUUUUAAAACCAAAGUUUUAGGAAAUAUGAAAUCAUGUCGAGGUAACUUGAGUGUUUGAUCAAACAUAAAAACGACCCUCUACCAAGCAAAUAUUAUAUGAUACAUUACAUAACGAAUUUUACAGGUAUAAAUGUGACAUAAGCCGAAAUCCUAAUGAGUUUAAACUCAUCUUGUUAUAUAAUUCAGGUUAUUUUUUAUGUUUGGUUCUUAACGAAAAUUGAAUUAAACGAUAUAAAAAAGACAAAAACCAUAAAACAGAAGAUUUUCCCCGACCUAUGAUCCUUCGGGAGGGUCCAGUCGAAUUCGUAAUGGUUUCAUAAGCCUACACGGUAUGGGGACGUCCACACACCGUCGAGGUCCGGCGACGGACGCUACACCGUGCCGCCCCCCGCGUCCCGGCCUCUCCGUCUCUUCUUCGCCGUUUGACACGGUCCAAAAAGUGGGGUCCAUCAUUAAAGAAUUCGACCGUUAAUAAAAAAAAAUUCCAAAUUUUGAAUAAUUCCAAACGGUCAGAAUUUUUAAAUAUAUAUAUUUACCUUCCAUUUUCACUUUCAAUCACCAAAUUAACCCCAAAAUUUCAUCUCUCUCUCACAUAAUUUUUAUAAACCUUCUUCCACUAUUUUAUAAACCUUCUUCCACUAUAAACCUUUUUACACUUUUUCAUGGAUCCGUUCAACAACCCGGACAACCCGAACACUCCGAACAACCCGAAUAAUCCCAACAAUCCGACCCAACCUAAUGUUUUCUCGGUUCCAGGAUAUUAUCCGAUGCUAGAACCGAACAAAUUCUCGCAAUAUUCAUCGAACGCGUUUGCUUCAUUCCAACACUCGCCAAACCAAUUCGCUCAAAUCUCCCAAAAUCAAGCCCUUCUACAAAUGAUGAUGCGGGGUGCUUGGAACUUCCCACCCGUUCAACCUCAACCGAUCCCCACACCACCCGUUCAACCGAUCCUGACCCAAUCCGAACCCGAAGAUGAUGUGGAGAUUAUUCCCGAAACCCAACCGCCUAAAGGGAAAGGAAAACGAAACAAAGGCAAGCAAGUGGUGGGUGAUCAACCGUCGAAACUGAAGGCGACUAAGUGGACACCAGUCGAAGAAGAAGCCUUAGCCAAGGCUUUCAUUGGCACUUCUGACAACCCGACAAAAGGUAAUAACCAAUCGGGUGAGGGGUUUUGGUCCAAGGUAUUGGCCAAGUUUCUCGUCUUUAUGGACCAAGGCCCGUAUCGAGAUGUCGACUCGGUCUCCUCAAAGUGGCGGAAAAUGAACUCGUCCAUCAAUAGGUUUUGCGAGGAAUAUAAUAAAUUAUAUACAUGUGACCGUCGUAGCGGGUGGAACAACGAGGAUGUGUUCAAAAUGGCGUUGGAAAAGUAUAAGGAAAAGAAUAGUAAUACCAACUUUCCGCACGUUCGCGCGUGGAUGGUUGUAAAAGACGAACCAAAAUGGAGGCCUAUUCCCAACGAGGUGGCGAUGGCGAAACGCCAAAAAACAUCGGAAACGGGUAGUUUUAGCGCCGGUGGAUCGGACGCGAGGUGUCACAUAAACUUAAAUAAUGACGGCGACUUUGACGAAGAGGAGUACAACGUACGUGAACCGGAGCGUCCAACGGGCCGAGACAAAUCAAAGAAGGAGCGGGCCAAGGGAAAAGAAAAGGAAAAGGUGGACCCGAACAUGGUUGAGUUUAUGGAACACUUAAAAAUGUACAACGACGUCUCGACCCAAAAGACGAAGGCGAAGGAGCGGGCCGUCGAAGAAAAAAGUCGUGUAUCGGACGAAAAGUUACGCGAGAAGGUCCGAUUGGCGAAUGAGAAAAUCCGAAUUUCUGAUGAAAAAAUUCGGCUCAAGGAAUGGGAAAUAAUAUCGAUGAAUGUGGAGGACGAACCCGAGCCGAAACGUUCGAUGUUGAAAAAAUUACAACACGACAUCAUGAAAAAACAUCAAAUUAUUUAACUCUAUGUUUAUUUUUAUUAAGUCUUUGGUUUUUUUUUUAAGUUUAUGUUUUUUUUAUGUUUAUGUAAUGUGGGUUUAAUAUUAAUGAAAAUAUUUUGUUAGUAUAUUUGUUAAAUGUUAAAAAAAAUAGAAUACUAAAGAAAAAUAAAAAAAACAUAAAAAGU